CCGUAUCAGUAGGUUAGGUGGCAAAAUGGCAUCCGGAUGACAUCGGGAGCAUCGCUGAUUGUACAGAUUAUUUGACGAUUUUGCUUUAGUGUGAUUGAGAUUAUAACAAAUAAAAAAUAAUGUCGCAUGUGCAGUAUGUCGACGAAUUGGUCAAGGAAUAUUUACUCUUCAGAGGAUUCAGUAACACCCUCAAAGCAUUCGACAACGAUCUCAAGGCCGAAAAGGAAAAAGGCUUCAGGGUGGACAAAAUUGUUGACCAGCUCAUGCAGUAUAUUUACAUUAGCGAUCUGACAGCCUUGCGAGAACUUUGGGGACAUCUGGACUCAAGAAUGUUCUCCAGAUUGGAAAACCACUUUGCUCCCGGAAUUAGAAAACUGGAGAAUGCAGUACUCAAACUUUAUCUCGUUACUGCUGCUGUGAACAACAGACAAGAUAAGAUACAAGAAUUUUUUACUAAAAUGGCGCCAGAAUUGCAGGGACACUCAGAGUGGAAGGAAUGGUUCGCACUGCCAUUUGUGAAAAAUCCUGAGGACAAUCCAACAUAUUCCGUACAUUUUACUCGUCAAUGGCAAGACACGAUGCUAGUUUCAUUGCAUAACUUUCUCUCGACAAUCUUCCAAUGUAUGCCUCAACCAACACUUUUGACUCUGGAUGAGGACACGAACAAAUUGAAGCGAUUACAGGAAGAAAACGAUUCCUUGAAACAGCGUCUCGGUGAAAUAACGAAGGUCGAAAGUUUGUCGGACAUUAAUCCAGGCUCGACUCCACAGCAUCCACCCAUUAUGGAUGAUUUUUAUAUCAUUGCUCAAGAAUCACCCUUAAUGGAAAACCCCAAGAGUUUACGAAGUCUUAUAAAAAAUAUUGGCGGCAGUUCGAGCCCUAUAUUAAGCAGAAAAACAAUGGUCAACGUUAAAAAAACCGAGACGGAAAACACAGGGACCAAAAGAACCAACACCAAGGGAAGAAUAAACUCUAUCAGUAAAUCAGAAGUCGUAGCUAAAAGAAGCAUCAGCUGUGAUUCCAGGCUCACCGGGGCCAGAAAAAGAGAUUCGUCCGUCGAUACGGCGUGCGAGAGAAAAACCAAAGAUAAAAUUGAAUCCAGUUAUAUUUUACUUAGUCAGGAAGAAUACACCGAACAUAAAACAUCGAUAAUUCAGUGCAAAAGCAACGCAAGUGGUUCUUACGUUGCGACCGGUGACGCGGACGGUAUAAUUAAGGUCUGGACUCCUAUACCAUCACCAAAGACCGUGGCGACAUUUACGUCAACAACUGCAAAUUCGAACAAAGCUGUGACGGCCCUGGAUUGGAUAUCGAAGAACGAAAGAUAUUUUUUGCACGGCGACAACAACGGUUUGAUUCAACUGCACGAUACGCGUGAUUGCAAAACCAUAUGGGAGAUUCAACACGAAGGAUCACGGAUAGUGGCGUUACUUUGUAAUCCGACAGAAUCGACGUUCGUUUGUUCGGUCUCAGAUUGCAACGAGGGCCGUUUACUAUUGUACGACAUAAAAACUCGUAAGCUCGAAAGAACCCUGCCAAUGGAACAGAAUCUCACAGCUUUAUGUUCGACCUUCAAUCACAAUGGGCAAUUGUUGAUAACGGGUUUAUCAAACGGCAACAUAUUGAUACACGAUUUGCGUAGAAACGAAAUAAUCGAAAAUCUGAGUUGUCACUCGAGUCCUGUAAUCGAUAUUGAACUCAUUAAUGAUUUUACCAACAUAUGCGCUCAAAGCGAGGACGGUAAAUUAUGCCAGCGGAGUCUUAAUCACACGGGAAAAAUCAUUUGGGAGACGAAAAUAAAAAUUGAAAAAAACGCUGUACAUGGAAAACUUUUCACGUUUGAUCAGAGUGGAAACCACAUGUUAUUGUGCACGCAAAAUGGUGGAAAUAUAUACAAGAUGCCACCAGGACCGCAGGGAAAAAUACUCGAACUCGGAGGCCACAAAGGAACGCUGUGCUGUGACUGGUCAACCGCUAAUCAAUCGGGUACAUGUAUUACCGGCGGAGCCGAAGGAAAAGCUCGGGUUUCGACUCUUCUUUCACCAUGAUACAAAAACAAAAUUAGUAUUUGUAUAAAUUCGUGACACUGGGGGAAGGAGAAUACCAACAAAAUGCAUCCAUUGCCAAAGUAUUUUAGCGCAAACGUUUGUAGAUAAAAAAUGCCACAUAUUGUAAUAAAAUUCAUAAUCAUUCCGCUAAAAAUUA